GAGAAUGGCAAUUUUUAAAAAUAUUAAAAUAAAUUAGAUAAUGACAAAAAUGGUUAAGAAAAAAUAAAGUCUAUUGAGGAAAUCAAACACAAUUUUGAUCAUAAAAUGAGAUUAAUUUCAUUUUCUUUUAAUAACGCAACUAAGCUUUUUUUUCAUUGUUACCACAACUUGAAUUAAGCCAGAUUUUUUUACAUAUUGUUUAGUGUCACAUCAACCAAAUACUUAUUGAAUGAGCUUAAUUUUUAUCAAUAAAUUAUAUAAGGCAAGGUAUAAAAUAGAUUUUUUAUUUAGAUUCCACCCUCUAAUAAAAAUUUGAAGGAGAAUGACAUCAAGACUGUAUAGAAUAGUGAGCAUUAAUAUUAUGAUGUUUUCAACUCUUUUCAAGCAAAUUAUGAAUAAAUUAAUAAGUUUUAUACUGAAAAACUUCUCAAUCAAUUUGACAAAUUAAAAUCGAUUUAUUCAGAGAAAUAUAAAUAAUUAGUAUUCAAUAAUUGAUAUUAUUGUAGAUUUAAAUUGUUAAUGAAAUUGUCAAAACGGAUAAAACAGAUGAGAUCACAUAAAACAAUUUUAAUAUAAAAUUUAUAUCUAAUGCAUAAGAUGAAUUUCUAAAUCAAUCUAAAAACGAUAAAAUAUUGAUGAUGCAACAUUAAGACAAAUUUAUACAUUAUAAAUAUAUAUGUUUUAUUCACUUCAUCCCUAGAAGUUUGAAUAAAAUGAACCAAAAAAUCUAAAAGAAGAAAUAAAUCAAUCUUCAACUUAGAAAUUAUAAAAUAAAGUUUUCGAUUUAGGAAUGA